CCUACACCCCUCAUCAACCCCCGCGCAGCCGCGGUGCGCGCGGCCAAGAUGGCGCUGCUGCGGCAGGUGUACGGGGCGCUGUUCCGCCGCACCUCCACCUUCGCGCUGUCCGUCGUGCUGGGCGCCGUCCUGUUCGAGCGCGCCUUCGACCAGGGCGCCGACGCGCUCUUCGAGCAGCUCAACGAGGGGAAACUGUGGAAACACAUCAAGCACAAGUAUGAGAACUGAGCAGCUCAGCAGCAGGAGCCAGGAAGGAGCAGGGAAGGAUUUUGCCUCCUGAAACUGGGAAUGGAUUCCUGAUGGAACAACUCCAAACCAGAGUGUAUCAGCCCCCCUCUGAGCUGAUGUGAGGCAGGAUGGACUUGGGGGUGCUGCUGCUGUUCUCGGCUCACGAUGUUCAAAUAAAACUCUGGUCCUUGUCUCGUG